GCCUCCAUGUGCCUCCUGUUUUGAUGGUUUCCCUCUAGUCGGGCUAGUUAUCGGCUGGCUUCUAUUAAUAUCUGUGCCGAGGUGUAAGUACAGAAAGCAAUGGCCUCUGGAGAUAUUGCUCAGAUUACAGAGGCACUGGCCAAGACUCAUGUUGGAGAAGUGGAAUUAAGUUAUAAGGGACGAGGGCUGAAGUUGGACAAUGCUGAGUCAGUGAAAGAGAUGGUGCAGGAGAUCGAACAGUGUCAGGGUCUGCAGUCUCUCAGAUUAGAGGGAAACACAUUGGGGGUUGAAGCAGCACAGGCAAUUGCAAAAUCUCUUGAAGCGAAAAGGGAAUUGGAGCAAUGCCAUUGGAGUGACUUGUUCACGGGUCGCCUUCGUUCUGAAAUUCCACCUGCUCUGAGAUCAUUGGGCAAUGCUUUGAUGACAUCAGGGGCCAGACUGACUCAUCUGGACUUGAGUGACAAUGCCUUCGGCCCUGAUGGUGUAAAGGGAAUUGAAAGCCUUCUGAAGAGCUCUGCAUGCUACACCUUACGUGAGCUCAGGCUUAGGAAUUGUGGCAUGGGCAUUGGAGGGGGUAUGAUCCUUGCUUCUGCUUUGACUGAAUGUCACAAGCAGUCUAGUGCAGCUGGCUCCCCCCUGAGGUUAAAAGUCUUCAUAGCUGGACGUAAUCGGCUGGAGAAUGAUGGUGCUGCUGCACUUGCCAAAGCAUUUAAGUUGUUAGGCAGUCUUGAGGAGGUCCAUAUGCCACAGAAUGGAAUCAACCAUCCUGGUAUCUCUGCUUUAGCCACUGCCUUAAAGCACAACCCAAACCUUCAGCUCCUCAACCUCAACGACAACACUUUUACUAAGAGAGGAUCGAUAGCCAUGGCGGAGGCUAUUAGGCACCUCCAGUGUCUUAAAGUCAUAAAUUUUGGGGACUGCUUGGUUCGCUCAGAAGGUGCGAUUGCUAUAGCAGGGGCCCUUAGAGAGGGACUGCCAUUCCUCAGGGAGCUGAAUUUGUCAUUUGGAGAGAUCUGUGAGGCUGCAGCUGUGGUAGUUGCAAAGGCUGUUCGGGGCAAAGCUGAUCUGGAGAAACUGGACCUGAAUGGAAAUUGCUUUGGAGAGGAAGGCUGUGAGGCUCUCAGGGAAGUGAUGGAGAGCGUGAACAUGGAAGAUCUGCUGGGCUCGCUCAGUGAUGAUGAAGGAGAGCCUGAAGAUGAUGAUGAGGAGGAGGAAGAUGAAGAAGAGAAGGAAGAUGAAGAGGAUACAGAGGAAAAUGGUGUCAAUGGAACAAAAGAUGUCAUUGAAGAAAAGAUGAACAAUUUGGAGUUUACCUGCAUUGUCCUCUCGCCACAGGAGGAUCCUCACUGUGGUUCUGAGCUCACGUCCUUCCUCAUCUCCCCAUCAGCUGAGAAACUGAUCUCCCUUGGAGCCAAAAGGAUCCAGCUCAUUGAGCAGCAGGUUGACGUCUCAGAUGCUAGUAAGGUGUCAGAAGUUUUUCUCAAGAUUUCAUCAGUAUACAAAGACGAACCAGAAGUAAAGCAAGCUAUAUUUGAGAGCACUGAUGCCCUGUUGAGGAAAGCCUUUUCCAACUCCUACUCUCAAUCUUAUAGUUUUAUCUGCUCACUGAUAGUGAACCUGGGACUUUUAAAGAGUGAAGAUAAGAAGAUAAAGAAGGUAGCUGUACUGCCUGGACACUUGCUUGCUUUGGAGCGCGCAGCUGCACAAGAGUUUUUCCCAGAAGAUCAGGCUGGAGUUCUGCAAGAAUUUGUGUCACGAAAUGGCAAAGUCUUAGAAUCCUGCUGCAAUGCCAGAGAUGCUCUCAAGACCACGUUGGUGAAAAGGACCACUGCUUAAUUCUUAAACACCCCAUUAUAGAGCCACUGAAAUUUCUUAAUACGGGUCAAAAAAAAAAAAAAAAACCUUGACAGGAUACAUGACACUUUGUAAACUAUUGAUCUAGUUUUAUCUAAGUUCAGUCAAUUCUGGAUCCAUUUUGGCAUGCAGAUCUCAGACUGCAAAGGUUGGCAAAGUACAGUGAUGACUAGUGCCUCAUGACAAUGAACUGCAUUUCCUUACAGAUCAACUGUGGACAGUUAGCUUUGAAUAAGAGUGUUGUGUUCUUUCAUCUCUUUUUAGAAAUAUUGCUUCUAUUUUUAUACAUGGAAAGGGAAAAUGGGGGGAAAAGGCAUUGGAUGAUAAUUAGGACUUAAUUAUCGCUUAAACCUUAAAUGAUUGUAAUGUUAUAACUGAUAUUUCUAAACAAUUGUCAAUACUUAAACUGUCACAUUGACAUGGAGCCUCGGAGCAUGUUCACUCUCAUGCCUUUUAUUAGAUGUGCCAUAUUGUGAGAUACUGGUGGUGCAAUUAAAACCAAAAUCAAGUAGUAUAAACAUCUUAAAGUCUUUGGAUUGAAAUGAAGAAGGCAGUGAAAGCGAAGUGGAA